AUGCCGCGUCUCCCUCUUCCUCGAAUCCGUUCUGUUCCAUCUAGAGCUAAAGACUCCGAUGUCUUCACCAACAGUCUCAGCAAAACACUAGAGGCCCAUCGCUCGUCGAACCGAGCUAGCCUCAUCCGCAAGGUGUACUCUCGUGAUCCUUCGCCCGGGCUCUUUCGACCUUAUAUCCCCCCAGAGAACCGUGCAGGCUACCAGACACCGGUACCUCCACCACCGGCGCCGGUACCGGCACCGAUAAUCAAACUCCACGAUAGCGUGAAGAGCAUACCAGAGAAGCCCCAAGCGAAGGCUGAUCAACUUAGUGGAAUCUGCCGCGCAGACCCCUCGAUAUAUGACCCGUUAGGACAAAAGCCAUGGCUGAGAUAUAUGCAGCCAUCCGAGGCUACUGGCGAUGCUUUUGCGUACUUGGAUGCGGAGAUUCGGGCAUUGAACUCUUACCUGUCCCCGAGCCCCGAUGAGCAAAAACAGACUGAUCGAAUUUAUGAAGAGCUUGAUUCCUUACUGGUAGCAAUACUGUCAUCUCCGCCAGAGUGCAUUGGGCUACGUUCCAUUGGGCUGGCACCGGCACACUCGGCCAUCGAACUCAUCUUGCCAUUCCGGGACACACAGCGGUCUCCAGAUCAGGUUCGAAAACCAAGUGCUUCCCGGCCACAGAUUCGACGUGCUCAUAUGGGCCUUCUCGAAAGAGUGAAAUCCGCCCUGAUGAGAAGCCCGGCCUUCUCGAACAUUACCUUAGUAAAAUACGGCCCUUGUCUGGAGGCUCGGCAUAAGUCCACGGGCUUAAAGGUGCGAAUCACCUGCGGGGAACAUGCUCCAGCCAUCUUUGAAUACUUGCAGGAUUAUUUGAUCGAAUACCCUGCUCUUCGGCCUCUGUUUCUAGCAAGCCGAGCUUUAAUAGAAGCAUGCUCUACCCGUUUCAACCAUAUGCACAUUGAUAGCAAUGCUUUGGUAUUGUUGCUUGUCGCAUUUCUUAAGAUGAACCACGGCCGAUUCACAGGCCUCCCUACCCUCGGGCACCAGUGGAUGGCGUUUAUGAAGCUCUAUGGGUCGGAUGUUGACCUUAGCUCUGUUGGAGUUGCACUGGACCCUCCGGGCUUCUUUGGUAACGGGGUGCUGCGUGCAAAUGAAAGUGGGGAUGCUGAACCCGCAUAUCUGCGCGGCCAGCGGUCUCUUAUGCGUGCUAAGCUCACCGCUAAAGCGCAGGGAAAUCUACAACUUGGCCAAAGCCUUUGCAUCCAGGAUCCAACUCACUUCAUGCAGGACUUGGGUCGCUCAUUCACACGCACAAAAGAUAUGCAGAGUGAGUUGAAGGCUGCCCAUGAGCAGUUGUCUGAAGCGUGUGAGCAGUGGGAGGGUCCGAGUGACGAUGCUUCAAUCUUGGCAACGGCCCUGCGGGCGAAUUUUGAUAGCUUCGAAAAACGACGGAGGCAGAUCACCCAUGGUCUCCGGGCCGAGGCAGAAGAGGCUGGGCAGUAA